AUGCCUCAACUUCUCAACCUCAACAAUGAGCUCCUUACAGCCAUCGCUGGUCAUUUGUCUAUCGAUGACUUGAAAACCUUUUCGAUCGUCUGUCACAAAUUUGCAAUGAUUGCCCACGAUGAUUCAGUCUGGAGAGAGAUGCUCUACAAUAACUUUGGUAUAACCUACAAGCUGCCUGAAGAGACAUGGAAGUCAAUGUAUGCCCGUAAACAUGAGGAUCCGACAAAUAAUCGUAUGUGCCCACAUGUGUGUCGAUUGACUCGCCCUGCCCUGGAGCCAUACGUUCGCAAGUAUCAACAGGUACUGAAUUGGUUACCCAAGAAUCUCAACUGCACAACAUGUGGACAGAAUCAGCAUCAUGCUGGUGUUUGCAUGUACAUGUGGCAAGGCAACACUAGACUUCGUUGCAGAGAUUGUGCUUACAAAUUCCACACUACUUUCAACGAUCGUCGUGGUAUUCUUUUCCGCUUACCGAGACUUCAAUUAUUUUGCUUUGCAUGCUCUCGACAGUUGGGUGAGACUCGAGGUGAUUCAAGUGAAGCACAUUUUGUGCAUGGUAUCCUCAAGACAUUAACACACGACAGCGAGAUCGGCCAGGAAUCCUUAAGACAAAAAGAACAGUGCCUGCGCGAACGUGAAUUGUAUGCUACGGAUGCUGAUCGAGCCUCUGUUCUUGAAUCCGACCCUCACUAUUACUUUGUCGAUCGAAUGUGGCUGACGACCUGGUUCUUGCGCACAUGCGAUGGUGAUAUUGGAAAGGGCCCUAUUCCAAAUCACACCCUGGCUGGACCAGACGAUAAAUUAAAUCCAGAUGCAAGACCUCGAGGAAACUUUGCAGGUGGUAUCAGUAUAGUAACACCAUACCUAUGGAAAUAUUUGGUGGACACCUAUGGUUUGUCUGGAAAUGUUUACACAUCAGAUGAUAUCAAAGGUCCCGAAUAUUGCGAGUUACGCCAGUCAAUUGCAGACUGGAGACUGAAUUAG